UAUGUUAUGCAGCGUAUUAUUCUGGGAGGGAAAAGAGGCUGGAAGCGAAAUCACAAGGGCAGAUGUCAAAAUGUUCAUAAGCAAUCAAUCAAUAGCAAACAACUGGAUUGAUUGCUAUGGGGAAAUGUUGAAGGAUGAACUGCAAAACGAAAGUUCACAAAGUUUGGGAAGAUCUGCUUUUAUGCAUACCAUGUGUUGGUAUUCGACAAUACAUUUAACUGUGAGAAACCUCCAUCAAUACUUGUGUGAGCCGCUGUUCCAAAACAUGGGAAAAUGCAGCAUGCUUUUCUUCCCAAUUACCCAUAAUGAAGAAUUUCACCACACGCUCUUGGUCUUUGACAAGGACAUACCGCAAUGGCUGCAUUUUGAUUCAAUGAAACCAAGAAGAGCAGGAACAGGGGAGUGCUUUAAAAGUAUAAAAAAAUUGGUUGAAAUGGUCGAGCUGUGGAUGAGAGCAGUGAAAGAUCAAGCAGACGAUAUGCUGCAGCAAGGCUGCCGAAUGAAAUUUGACAAGAGUCAAGCACUCACACAAAAUUAA